AUGUUCGAGAUUCCCAACGCCAAGCGGGUGAGGCGCGAUGAACUCUACGGCUCAUCCUCGGAAGGUGAGGACCACAGCGAGCAUGGCGUCGAGGACGCAGAGGAACGGGCCAGGCUGAACGAGCGGCUGUCGAGCCUGCUGGGUCUGGACCUUUCCGCCCCGGAGCCGGCCCCCGAGCAGAGGCCGGACGCGGCCGAUGCGCAAGGGCACGAUGGUCCAGAAGGCGACGAGGGCACCCACGAGGAGGAGGAGUUUGAGUUUCGGCUGUUCUCAACCUCGGCCAAGACCGCUGCGCCAGGAAAGGUGGUGCUGAGUGCUUCAGAUGACGAAGAUGCGGCCAACGGAGAGGGUGCUUUUGUGCAGUCCUCACGGCCGGAGAGUUACUACCUAGCUGGUGAAGCCACGCCUGAGCAGCUGGAGAGGUACCAUUACGCGGCGGUCACGGCCGAGGACAUCGCCGCGGGCGCGAGCAGACGGGCGUGGGGCUUGGAGAGGCCAUGGCGGGUUGUCAAGAUCUCGCUGUCAUCAAGGAAAUCUCCAUCCGGCUCGGGUCUUGUGGCUGGGACCACGAAAGCCAGUGGCGAUGCAGAGGAUGGGGCAAAGAGGAAGAGGCCGGGCAAGAAACGGAGAAUAGCUACGAGGAUCAAGGCCAGGGCUGAGAAAGAGCGGCGAGAGGCCGCGAAGGCCAAGAAGGAGGCGGAGGAGAAGCAGAAGAUUUCCAAGGAGGAGCAUCUUGCAGAGAAGAAGAAGAGGCUGAACCGGGAGAAGAAGCUGAAGCGAAGGGCUAAGGAAAAGGAGAAGAAGCUGGUGGGCGGAGGGACGCAGCCAGCAUCCGAAGCACCCAGCUCUCCAAGCUCGGAGCGCCUCUAUGCUAUAGACGCAAGCCACAAACUGGUCCGUGCACCCGCCACACCAUUUCUAUCCCGAUCCCGACUCCUGACUCCUGGCCGUAUCCUGCCUUUGCCGGCGAGGGCGGUGCGCUCGACGUCAUUCACCCUCGGGUCUCGUGUGCUGCACAUUACCUCCGCGAUGGCUGACGAUACCCCUCUGGCCUCGCUGUCCCUGACACAUGUCUACUAUGAUCCCAACGACAACAUCUCGUACCUCUGCGCCUGGCUCGCCCUCGUCCCGCAGGCCCUCUGCAUCGUCUACGUGACCCUGAUCUGGUCGACGCGCGAGGCCGAGGUGGCCCUCAUGUUCGCGGGCCAGAUGGCCUGCGAGGCCGUCAACUUCGUGCUCAAGCGGCUCAUCAAGGAGGAGCGGCCGAUGCGCAUCCACAAGACCGGCAAGGGCUACGGCAUGCCCAGCAGCCACGCCCAGUUCGUCGCCUUCUGGGCCGUCGCCAUGGCCCUCUUCCUCCUCGCCAGGCACUCGCCCAGCUGGACGGACCACGGGUACCGGCCGCGGUCGGCAGCGGGAGGACCGGCUACGAACGGGCAGCAGGGUGGUGGUGGUGGUGGUGGUGCUCGUGGUAGUGGCAGUGGCAGUGGCAGGCAGGGGAGCAGCAGCAGCAGCAGCAGCAGCAGCAGCAGCAGGGUGGCGAGGACCAGCAGCUGGGGCCAGGAGUGGGUCAUGGUCGAGAGCUACGCGCACCGGCCGUGGUCGUACGCGGAGCGCGCCGUCGCCGCCGUCUUCGUGCUGGGCGUCGCCGCCCUCGUCGCGUGGAGCAGGGUCUACCUCGGCUACCACACCGUCAACCAGGUCCUGGUCGGCUGCCUGGCCGGCGCCCUGUCCGCAGUGGCGUGGUACGCGGUCACGGCCGUCGUCAGGAGUACGGGCCUGCUGGCCUGGGCGCUGGAGUCGCCGGUAGCGAGGGGGCUGCGAGUCAGGGAUCUUGUUGUGAGCGAGGACCUGUGUCAGGCCGGCUGGGAGAAGUGGGAGGAUAGGAAGGGUGCCGCUGCUGGUCCAUCGUCCAGGAAGAAAAAGUAG